GAACAGAGUCCAAGGAAUCAGGAGUUCCAAACCCCGUUCUUUCCUGUCCCUCUCCACACCAUGAGGGAAAAGCAACUGCCCAAAUCAGCCUUGGUUCUACUUUUUCUGCUCCUUCCCAGCGAUGCUUCAGCUGCUGCAGAACCGCAGUCCAUGGUGCUGCUCCCAUCAGCUCUCUACUCUGGAAUUCCUGAAAAGGUCUGUGUCUUCCUUAAUCACCUGAAUGAGAGCGUGACACUGAAUGUGACUCUGGAGUAUGGAAUGCAGGAGAGCAGGAAUCUCUUCACAGACCUGGUGACCAAGAGAAACACUUUCUACUGCAGCCCCUUCCUUAUUCCAGGGUUGCCAUCUUCCACAGUGUUCAUUGCUGUUGAGGUAAAGGGUCCGACUCUGCAUUUCAUAAAGAGGAAACCAAUGCGGAUAACCAAAGCAGAGAACCCAGUCUUUGUCCAGACAGACAAACCCAUUUAUAAACCAGAACAAACAGUGAAAUUCCGCAUUGUCUCUGUGGAUGCCAAUUUUCGCCCUGUGGAUGAAAUGUUCCCGGUUGUUUAUAUCGAGAAUCCCAAAAGGAACCGGAUUUUCCAAUGGCAAAGUGUCAAAUUGCAGAAAGGACUCUCCCAGCUCUCGUUCCCACUAUCAGUGGAACCCCUUCUGGGUUCCUACAAGGUUGUGCUGCAGAGAGAGUCAGGAAGAAGAAUAGAGCACUCCUUUGAGGUGAAGGAAUAUGUUAUGCCCAAAUUUGAGGUCCAAGUGAAAAUGCCCAGGAUUAUUGGUUUUCUAGACGAAGACUUUGAGGUCUCUGUCUGUGGCAUAUACACAUAUGGAAAGCCUGUCCAUGGACUGGUGACAAUUAACGUGUGCAAAAAAUAUUCUGAAUACCAUCCCGACUGCCUGGUAAUACCUUCAAAACAAAUCUGUGAAGUAUUUAGUCAACAGGCAGACGAUAAAGGAUGUCUCACACAACUUAUAAAGACUGAGGCAUUUCAGCAGAGAAAAAAAGGGUAUGAUAUGUCCAUAGAAGUGGAAGCCAAGGUCACAGAGGAGGGAACAGGAUUGGUAUUAACUGAGCGUCGAUCAUGUGAAAUCACCUCUACCUUAAGCAAACUGACAUUUACUAAAGUGGACUCACGAUACAGACGUGGACUCCCUUUCUUUGGGCAGGUUCUUCUAGUCAAUGAGAAGGAUCAGCCAAUCCCCAAUAAAACUGUAACAGUCAAUGUGGAAGGUAGACACUAUUCCAAUUUUACUACUAAUGAGCGUGGUUUGGCGAACAUUUCUAUUGACACCGCCAGCCUCACAUCUACCUUCAUCACAGUUUCGGUGACUUAUAAACAAAAUAAAACCCAUUUUAAUAACUGGUGGUUGGAUGAAUUUCAUAUGCAAGCACUUCACACUGCAAAGUAUGUUUACUCCGCAAGCAAGAGUUAUGUUCACCUUGAACCUGUUUUUGAUACUUUGACCUGUGGGCAAACCAAGGAGAUGUGGGUACACUACAUCCUGAAUGAAGAGAUUCUAAAAGAUGAAAAAGAGUUAACCUUUUGUUAUUUGAUCCUAGCAAGAGGAAGUAUCUCCCAAUCAGGAAUCCACGUGUUGUCCAUUGAACAAGGAAACAUGAAAGGGACAUUUUCCUUUUCCUUUCGAGUGGAAUCAGACCUCGCUCCUGCUGCUCAGUUUUUCAUUUAUACAGUUUUACCUACUGGAGAGAUUCUAGCAGACACUGACAAACUCAUGAUUGAAAAGUGUUUUGCCAACAAGGUAAAUUUGAGUUUCUCCUCAGCCAACAGCCUUCCAGGCUCAGACACCCACCUGAAGGUCACAGCCACUCCGUCCUCCCUCUGUGCCCUCCGUGCAGUAGACCAAAGUGUGCUGCUAAUGAAGCCUGAAGCCGAGCUCUCACCUCAAUCAGUCUAUAAUUUGCUUCCAGUGAAGUUUCUCCUUACUAAAGGAUUUGGUGGUCCCACGAAUGAAGAGGAUGAUAACUGCAUCAAGGGGGAAGUCAUACCUCUCAGUGGCAGGCUUUAUGUGAUAAAGCCAGUCCCAGAUGCUGAUAAAGUUUAUAGUAUCUUCAAGUCUGCAGGAUUAAAUGUUUUUACCAACUGGAAAAUUGAUGAACCACUUUUCUGUCGGGGGACUCCAAUGGUCCAUGCAGGAGCACCUACGGGAGGCCUUUCUGGACCACCAGUUACUGGUCCACCAGUGGCUUGUCCAAUGAUGGUAGAAGCAGGCUUUCAGAAUGUGCCAGUGAAGGAGACAGUCCGGAAAUAUUUCCCCGAGACGUGGAUCUGGGACUUGGUGGAACUCGACUUAUCAGGUGGAAAAGAGUUGGAGAUGAAGGUUCCUGACACCAUCACGGAGUGGAAGGCCAGCGCACUCUGUUUGUCUGAAACUGCGGGUCUUGGCCUCUCCCCUGUUGUCCCUUUUCAAGUCUUCCAGCCCUUCUUCCUAGAGCUCACACUCCCCUAUUCCGUGGUGCGAGGAGAAGCCUUCACACUCAAAGCCACUGUGUCCAACUACUUGUCCCACUGCAUCCGGGUCAGUGUGCAGCUGGAGACCUCCUCUGCCUUCCUGGCGGUCCCAGUAGAGAAGAAUGAAGAAUCUCACUGUGUCUGUGGAAAUGGGAGAAAAACCUUAUCCUGGGCUGUGACUCCAAAAUCACUGGGUAAAGUGAAUUUCACAGCUACUGCAGAAGCAGUGCCGUCUCAAGAAUUGUGCAAUAAUGAGGUGCCGGAAGUACCAACAUUUGGACAGAAGGAUACUAUAGUAAAGCCCUUACUAGUUGAGCCUGAAGGAAUAGAAAAGGAGGAAACUUACAACACACUGCUCUGUGCAUCAGAAACUGAAGUGCCUGAAAAGUUGUCACUGAAUGUUCCUUCAAAUGUGGUUGAGGGAUCAACCAGGGCAACAUAUUCAGUUUUGGGUGAUAUACUAGGCUCUGCAGUGCAAAACCUUCAGAAUCUUCUCCAGAUGCCCUAUGGUUGUGGAGAGCAGAAUAUGGUCCUCUUUGUCCCUAACAUCUAUGUUCUAAACUAUCUGAAUGAGACUCAACAGCUGACAGAGAAUACCAAGGCCAAAGCCAUCAACUACCUCAUCAAUGGGUACCAAAGGCAGUUGAAUUAUAAGCACAGAGAUGGUUCAUACAGCACCUUUGGGGAACAUGGGUCAAGCCAAGGAAACACUUGGCUCACUGCAUUCGUGCUCAAGUCCUUUGCUCAAGCCCAGUCAUACAUCUUUGUGGAGAAGUCACACAUCAUGGAUGCCCUCUCCUGGCUGUCCCAGAAACAAAAGGAAAAUGGUUGUUUCCAGAUGGCUGGAUCCCUGCUAAACAAUGCCAUGAAGGGAGGGGUGGACGACGAGGUGACACUCUCUGCCUACAUCACCAUUGCUCUGCUGGAGAUGCCACUGCCUGUCACUCACACAGUUGUCCGAAAUGCUCUAUUCUGCCUCGAAACAGCCUGGAACUCCAUCUCAGGGGCCCACAGAAAUCUUGUCUAUACCAAGGCCUUACUGGCCUACGCCUUUGCCCUAGCAGGAAACCAGGCCAAGCGAAGAGAGCUGCUUGAAUCACUAGACAGAGAGGCCGUGAAGGAAGAGGACACAAUCCACUGGCAGCGUCCUGGGAAAGUUCAAGCAGCUGGGACACUUUAUUACCAACCCCGGGCUCCUUCUGCGGAAGUGGAGAUGACAUCCUACGUGCUCCUUGCCUAUCUUACUGUCCAGCCUGCCCCAUCUUCAGGGGACCUCGCCAUGGCAUCACGCAUUGUGAACUGGAUUACCAAGCAGCAAAACCCCCAUGGCGGUUUCUCCUCCACUCAGGAUACAGUGGUAGCUCUCCAAGCCCUCUCCAAACAUGGAGCAGCAACUUUCACUAAAAAUGAGAAAACAGCUUUGGUCACUGUCAAAUCUUCAAGUUCUUUCUCCAAAGAAUUCCAAGUAGAUGACGCCAACCGCCUGCUGCUGCAGGAGGUCUGGUUACCAGAGAUUCCAGGGGAAUACAACACCACAGUCUCAGGGUCAAGAUGUGUGUACCUUCAGACAUCCCUGAGAUAUAACAUCCUUCCUAAGAAAGAAGGGAAAGCUCCCUUCGCUCUGCAGGUUGAUACUCUGCCCAAGAACUGUGAUGGAGUAGAAGCCCACAAAAAAUUCCUGAUUGACAUCAACAUUAGUUAUACUGGGGACAGACCAAGCAGCAACAUGGUCAUUGUUGAUGUAAAGAUGAUAUCAGGCUUCAUACCUGUGAAAUCAUCAGUAAAAGAGCUCCAAAAAACACGGCCUCAGAUUCAGAGGACUGAAGUGAGCACCAACCAUGUUCUGAUUUAUUUUGAAAAGCUAACCAAUCAAACCGUGAGUUUUUCCUUCUGGGUGGAACAAGACAUCCAAGUAAAGAAUUUAAAACCAGCUACAGUGAAAGCCUAUGAUUAUUAUGAGACAGAUGAAUUCAGCAUUAAAGAAUAUAAUGUCCCUUGCAGUGCUGAAUCUGAACAUGGAAAUGCUUGAAAACAUAAACAUGUGGACCUCGUUAGGUGAUCUUCUCCAGAAAUGAAGAACAAAGACUUAUGAGGAGAGAAAAUACAGAAUGAAGGGAAAAGAAUUAGAAUAUAUAAAAUUUGUAUGUUGAAUAAAUUUGUGACCUUUGUAA